AUGGCGUACCAGCAGUCAAUGCCCAAAUCAGAAACCAUUAAGCUGCGAGAAAAACACAUUGGCGCCGCCUGCCAGUUGUUUUUCCGUUCGUCUCCAUUAAAAAUAGUGCGAGGUGUAGCCCAAUUUAUGUAUGACGAGACGGGUGAGAGAUAUCUCGACUGUAUCAACAACGUGGCACACGUGGGACAUUGCCAUCCGCAUGUAGUGGAAGCUGGAAGAAAUCAGAUGUCUUUAAUAUCGACUAACAAUCGCUAUCUCCAUGACGAGCUCGUCAUUCUUGCAGAGAGGCUCGUGAAGACUAUGCCCGAGUCACUUUCCGUUUGUUUUUUUGUCAACUCGGGAUCUGAGGCCAAUGAUCUAGCCUUAAGAUUAGCCCAAGUUCAUACUAAGAAGAAAGAUGUCAUCACACUCGACCAUGCAUAUCAUGGACACCUUACGUCUAUGAUUGAUGUAUCUCCAUACAAACUAAACCUACCCGGAGGGCCAGACAAGCCAGAUUGGGUUCAUGUGGCACCGGUUCCAGACGUAUAUCGAGGUAAAUAUACGUAUCCAAAAGAUUCUUUAUCAGAAGAGGAGCUAGGAAGUAUGUAUGCAGAAGAAGUUGGCAUAAUUUGUGAAAAAGUUAAAAAAGAAAAAGGCGGUGUUUGCGCUUUUAUAGCAGAGAGCCUUCAGAGUUGUGGAGGUCAAAUUAUUCCUCCGAAAGGCUAUUUUAAGCGUGUGUACGAAUAUGUGAGAGAGGCGAAUGGGUUGUGUAUUGCUGACGAAGUGCAAGUUGGUUUCGGCCGAGUGGGCUCCCACAUGUGGGCCUUUGAAGCACAAGAUGUCGUGCCGGAUAUUGUUACCAUGGGCAAACCAAUGGGCAAUGGUCAUCCAGUAGCUGCAGUCAUCACUACUCAAGAGAUCGCAAAAAGUUUUGCCGACACUGGUGUGGAGUAUUUUAAUACGUACGGUGGUAAUCCAGUAUCCUGUGCUAUUGCAAACGCCGUUCUAGACGUAAUAGAAGAGGAAGGUCUCGUAGAACGUGCGUGUAGAGUUGGCAGUUAUCUUCUCACACAAUGCGAGGCUUUAAAACGUAAACAUAUGCUUAUUGGUGACGUACGUGGUAAGGGACUUUUUGUUGGAGUGGAACUGGUAACUGACAGGGAGACCAGGACACCGGCUAAGGCUGAGGCCAAACAUAUCGUAAAUAGGAUGAGAGAAGAAAAAAUUUUGAUUAGCCGAGAUGGACCAGACAAUAAUGUGUUGAAAUUUAAGCCUCCCAUGGUUUUUACUUCCACAGAUGUAGACACAUUAGUGGACACUCUUGACAGAAUUCUGUAUGAACUGAAUGAGAGUACUAUACCAGUGAAUGUUAAGUUAGAGGUCUUGGUAACCCCUAUUAGUGAUGGAGUACAAAGCAAUGACUUAAAAUUGAAAAACAGCAUACAGCAACAUAUAAAGUCUGUG